AUGUCCGAGGACGAGAUGAUCGCGACGCUGUCGUCCAUAUCCGGCGAGUCGGAUCUGGAGGCGUGUCGAGCGCGGCUCGCGGCGCACGGGUUCGACCUCGAGGCCGCGGUGAACGACGCGCUGGGUGUCUCCGCGCCGCCGCCGCCGCCGCCGCCGCCGCCGCCGUCGGGGCCGCGACGGCGACGCCGCGCGACGACGACGACGACGACGACGCGGCCGGUGCCGUUCCGGAGCAACAACGACGUCGUGGGCGGAAUCUUAUCGAUUCCGUUCCGCAUCGUCUUCGCCGUCGCGGGCGCCGCGUUGCGCGUCGCCGGGGGCGUCCUCUCCGCGGUGCUUCCCGCGUCGAUAACGCGCCGGGUCCGUGCGUUACCACCGGUCACGAUCGGCGGCGAGAUCGACGACCCGGUCGUCGCCGCGGCCGCGUUCAUCGCGGACUUCGACGACAAGUACGUCCGCGACGACGACGACGACGCGGGCGCGUCGUCGGCGCCGGCGUUUCUCCCGUGCUCGCACGCGGACGCGCUCCGAGAAGCCAAGCGCGCGAUCAAGUUCCUGUUCGUCUACCUCCACGCCCCGGAGCACGAGGACACGGACGAGUUCUGCGUCAAGACGCUGUGCGACGCGCGCGUGGUCGCGUUCCUCGAGGAGCACGCGUUAUCGUGGGGCGGCGACGUGACGACUUCGGACGCCUUUCGCCUCGCCGGCGUCGCCGGCGUCCGACCGAGCGCCUACCCGUACGUCGCGCUGCUCCAAAACGCCGAGGGCGCGAGCGGGCCGGAGCUCUUCAUGGCGUGCGAGGGCGCGAUCGACCCCGUCGGUCUUCUCGAGGUGAUGAUGACGGCGAUCGCGGAGCAGGGCGACGUCGUGGAAGCCGCGCGGGCGCGGCGGACGGAGGCGCGUUUUUUUUUUCGUUUCCGCGACGAAGCGCGGGACAUUCGCGCGGAGCAAGACGCGGCGUUUCUCGCGUCGUUGGAGGCGGACGCGAAGCGCGAGCGCGACGCCGCCGCCGCGAGGGAAGCGGAGGACGCGGCGAGGCGGACGCGGGAGGCGGAGGAGGCUGCCGCGGACGCGGCGCGGCUCGAGGAGGAGAGGAAAGAAACGGAGAGGCUCGCGACGUUGGCGCGUCGCCGCGAGGCCAAGGCGCGGACGCUGGUCGCCGAGGUCGCCGCGGACGCCGACGGCGCGUGCGUCGUCGCGGUGAAGCUGCCGAACGGGACGCGGCGAGAGCGCGCGUUUUCGUCGUCGCACGCGGUGUCCGACGUGUUCGACUUCGUGGACACGCUGGAGGAGGUGGACGGGAUGGAGUAUUCGCUCGUGAGUAAUUACCCGCGGCGGGUGUUUCAACGCGCGGCGGACGGCGGCGUGACGUUGCUCGACGGCGGUUUACACCCGCGCGCGAUGCUCAUGUAUCGGAGCGACGACUGA